AUGAUCUCGGCGCGCGGACAGAAGCAUGCCGGCAAAGUGACUCCUUUCUGGACUGCAUUCGAUAGAAUUAUAGGCGACGCAUUUUGCCACGAAACAAAUCCGGGAGGCAUAGUCAAUAUGGCCAUCAGCAACAACUCUCUUUUAGAGCCCGAGCUACUUGCCUUCUUUGGCGCCAAUUUACGGUUACAGCCUGUAGACUUGACUUACGGCACAAGCUUGUUCGGCUCGCACCGUCUUUUUGCUUCGCUCUGUCGACACUUCAAUUUGGGUCACACGUUUGCUCCUGUAACACCCGUCCGGCCAGAGCAUCUUAUUACCGGACCCGGGUGUGGACCGCUGUUGGAUCAGCUUGCCGAGCACCUCGCUGAACCGGGUGAUGGAAUAUUAGUUGCUGCGCCGUACUACAAUGGCUACGAUGCCGACUUGGCCUGUCGCGCUCAAGUGCAGUGCGUUGCAGUUUACAGCAGUGACGACGACGGAACGGGAGCGCAGAACUUUGAAGGCGUAUCAGCACUGCGUAACUUUGCAGCUACUAAAGAUAAAUGGGAAAGCGAGCACGCUGGACAGACUGUACGCGCAGUGCUAGUAUGUUCACCGCAUAAUCCUGUUGGGAGAUGCUAUGACCGCGAAGCGUUGAUUUCCUACGGACGAUUUGCGGAAGAGCACAAUUUACAUUUGAUUUUUGACGAGAUUUUUGCCUUGUCUACAUACAGUUCUAAGCCUCACUGCACCUCACACACGAGUGAUCCUAGCUUUCAUUCAGCUUUAUCGAUUGACUGGCUGCGCGAGGCAGACUGUGACCCAGCUCGUAUACACAUAAUUUGGAGCGCAUCAAAAGACUUUGGCAUCAAUGGGCUGCGCGUUGGCACGAUCGUCAGUCAAGCGAAUGAUGAGCUCUUGCGAGCACUCAAGGCUACGGCCAAGUUGUACAUGGUCUCGAGUCCCGCCGACGCUCUCUUCUGUGCACUUGUUGACAAUCAGUGUGUUUACGACGAUUUCAUUCGUACGAAUCAAGCUCGCAUGGCUCAAGCAUAUAGUGUUAUAGCCCGAUGGUGCGAAUUUCAUGAGAUUUCGAUGAAACAAUGUACGGCUGGUCAUUUUGUCCUUGUCGAUCUCACUCGCUUUUUGCCCGAUCACGUCGAUGGCGAGCCUCUUGCUGAUCUGCCUGCACGCGAGGGUGCGCUGUGGACCAGCUUUUUAUCGCACGCCGUCUGCCUUACUCCAGGUAGCAACUAUCACUGCACUCGCUAUGGCACGUUUCGUUUGACAUUUACGCUCAGACGAAUUGCGUUGCUAGAGGGUUUGUCACGCGUAGAAAAGGCAUUAAAUUUGCCUUCCUGGCCGCAUCGAGAUGAGGCGCUGACCGAGAUAGAACAAUCUAUGGAGACGAUUGCGGCACCGGAGAACAUGCCGACGGUGACACAAGCACAACUUGGUGUCUCACAGAAUGUUGUGGCGGAACCGAUUCGCGCUCUCGAUGUUGCUGCUUCCACUGCUCGUGCGCGAGCGGGAAGGCGAGAUUAUGUCGACAGCUUACGUUCCAUGUUGAAGGAUGGCGGCGGCAGCGAAGUUUUGUUGAACUGUGGUAUGGGCAUGAAUACCCCUGCAUGUGCUUGA